AAACUUGAGUUUUUAAGUUGAACAAGUUUACAACUUGACUUGUCUCUCAGAAAAGAUUAGUUGAACGCCAUGAAAAAAAGUCCCUCUUUGAGAAGUUACUCUAUGGACGCCUCAGCGCAACCUCAAGUGUUCAUCAACUUCCGAGGAGCUGAACUUCGUCACAGCUUUAUCGGCCAUCUCAAGAAGGCCUUUGAAAGAAAUGGAAUCAACUUUUUCAUCGACACCAACGAACAGAAAGGCCUUAAUCAGAAAGUUUUCUUCAAGAGGAUAGAAGAGUCAAAGAUCGCGCUGGCGAUCUUCUCCCCUAGGUAUACGGAGUCAAGAUGGUGUCUGGACGAGUUGGUGAAGAUGAAGGAAUGCAUGGAAGCGAACAAACUUGUGAUUGUUCCCAUCUUCUAUAAGGUAACUCCAUACACCAUUCAAGGGCUCAUGGGAGAUUUUGGUGAUAAGUUGAGGGAGCUGGUGAAGUAUGUCGAUGAUGUGAGAGAAAAAAAAUGGACUGAAGCUUUGAAGUAUGCUUCCACAAUUAUAGGCAUCAAUUACGAUGGGAAGAGAGACGAAGACCUUCUCAUUGGUGAAAUAGUUGGGGAUAUUCAAAGAGUACUAAAGAAAAUUGCAUUACAAAAAGGAAAAGAAGAACCCAAGACAAAAAUGCCUCGCACUAAUACCUCCACAUAUUCAAGCUCUAUCACUCACAGUAAGAACAUAGUUGAUUCUGAUAACCAAAACGAGCUCGCUGGACUCAAACAACGCCUAGAUGAACUGAAAGAAAAGUUAGACCUUAGCCACAAGGAAACUCGCAUUGUUGGGGUUUACGGGAUGCCCGGAAUCGGCAAAACCACCCUGGUGAAGAGAUUGUAUGAUGAGUGGAAACACAAGUUCCAGCGACACGUGCAUUUGGUGAACAUCCGUGACAUGUCGAAUGCGUAUGGGGCGCAAUCACUACAGAGGAUAGUUUUGAAAAGUUUGCUUAGUGACACUUACAAUGAGAUAAGUGACGAUAUGAACUAUGAAACCAUGGAGAGUGAACUGCUACAGAAGAAAGUUUUUCUUGUUUUCGAUGACGUGAGUAGCAAGAAUCAGGUACACUCUCUUCUGGAUAAUCAUAAAUGGAUUAGGAAAGGAAGCAGAGUGGUUAUAUCCACGCGUAACAGGACAGCGAUAAGCCAACUCGAGUAUACUUACGCAGUCCCAAGCUUGGAUCUCGCAGACAGCUUGAACCGAUUCAGCUUUUAUGCCUUUAAAGAUCACAACUGUCCUCGCCCGGGAAAUCUCAGGGAUCUUUCCACAAAGUUCGCUGAUUAUGCCCGAGGUAACCUGCAAGCUCUCAAGAUAUUAGGUCGGGAGCUUCUCUCGGGAGAUGAGGAUCACUGGUCACAGAGAUUGGAUACACUGGCGCAAAUUCCCAGCCCGCGUAUUCAAGAUCUAUUGAGAAAAAGUUAUGAUGAGCUAAGUGAGCAGCAAAGAGAAGCUUUUUUUGUUGUAGCCUGUUUCUUCAGAUCAGGGGAUGAGUAUUACGUUAGAAGUUUAGUGGAUUCAGCAGAUCCUGAUAAUUCUACUGAUGAUACUGCUAGUGAAAUAAGAGACCUCGCGGACAAGCUACUGAUUAGCAUCUCCAGUGGGCGAGUUGAAAUGCAUGAUUUGUGGUCUACGUUCGCUAAGAAACAUGGUUCAUCCUUCUCCGCUGAAAGCAGUCAGGGAAACUAUAUGAUUUGGGAUCAUGAUACAUUUGCUUCUAUGGCGAAAAACAAAAGAAUGAGAUUUGUCAACCAAACAAGGAAAAAUGAUCAAUCUAACCUCAAAAACUCGGGCAGGGACAGCGUCAAGGGUAUUUCGCUGGACAUGUCUAAAUUCAGUGAUAAACUGGCCUUAGACAAUGAAAUUUUCAGUAAGAUGUGCAACCUACGGUACCUUAAAGUGUACAACUCCCAGUGUUCUCGAGACUGUGAUGGUGAUUACAAAUUGAAUUUCCCUGAUGGACUUAAAUGCGCAAUGGAAAGUCUUCGGUAUCUGUACUGGCUACAGUUCCCAUUGGAGGAACUUCCAGAAGGGAUAAGCCCGAAGAACCUUAUUGAGCUCAAUCUCCCUUACAGCAAGAUAAAACGACUUUGGGAAGACAGUAAGGAUACAUCCAAACUCAAAUGGGUCGAUCUCAGUCACUCGAGUGAGCUGUGUGAAAUAUCUGGGUUACUAGGGGCUUCAAAUCUCCAAAGACUGAAUCUUGAAGGCUGCACAGACUUGACAACAUUGCCGCAAGGGAUGCAAGAAAUGGAAAGCCUAGUUUACCUGAACAUGGGAGGAUGCACACGACUGGUGUCUCUUCCUAACAUGAAGUUGAAAUCUUUGAAAACUCUCAUCUUGAGUUACUGCUCGAACCUUGAACAAUUUCCUGUGAUUUCCGAGAGUCUAGAAUCUCUUUACUUGCAAGCCACGGCAAUUGAAGUUAUUCCAGAUUCAGUUGAGGACCUUCAGAAACUUUUCCUAUUAAAUUUGAAAGACUGCAAAUCGCUGAAGAGUCUUCCCGAUUGUCUUGGAAAGCUAAGAGCACUUCAAGAGCUAAUACUCUCUGGCUGCUCAAAGCUAAAGAUGUUUCCAGAGUUGAAGGAGAAGAUGGAAUCUCUGAAGAUUUUACUGCUUGAUGGAACAGGGAUAAAGCAGAUGCCAAUGUUAUUGCAUUGCAGUCAGUCACAAGGAAAAGCUUUUGCAAAUAAGCCAUUUCCAGACAUUCAGACACAUUGCGGUUUAAGUAAUUCCGGUCUAUCAUCCUCUUUGCUAUCGUUAUGCUUAAGUGGAAAUGAUCUUGAGAGCUUGCAGGAUAACAUCAGUCAGCUUUAUCAACUUAAAUGGCUUGACUUAAAGAACUGCAAGAAGCUCAAAUCUAUUCCAGUGCUUCCACCAAACCUCAAGUGCUUAGAUGCACAUGGAUGCGACUCACUGGAAAAAGUUGGAACCCCUCUAGCCCUUCUCAUGGUGACAGGCCAAAUCCAUUGCACAUUCAUUUUCACUAAUUGCAACAAAUUGGAUCAAGUUGCGAAAAGUAAUAUCAUAUCUUACACUCGUAAGAAAAGCCAGUUAAUAUCAGAUGCUUUGAAUCGUUAUAAUGGGGGCUUUGUUUUGGAAUCUUUGAUUGGAACUUGUUUUCCUGGAUGUGAAGUACCUGCAUCGUUUGAUCACCAAGGCUUUGGGUCAGUGUUAGAGCCGAAACUACCUCGGCACUGGUGUGACAGUAGGCUUACUGGGAUAGCUUUAUGCGCUGUUAUAAUGUUUCCGGACUGCCACCAUCAAAACAACCGUUUCUUGGUGAAAUGCACUUGUGAAUUCAAAACUGAUGAUGGGCCAUGUAUCAGUUAUACUUCCAUUGUUGGAGGUUGGAGCAUACCAGGUGAUGAUCCACGAAAGAUUGACUCUGCUCAUGUUUUUAUUGGCUAUACAAGCUGGCUAUAUAUCAACAAAUGUCACGUGGAAGACCAUGGGAAAGGAUGUAUUCCUUAUUUGGCUUCUCUCAGAUUUCAGGUGACUAAUAGUUCAGGUGAGGUAGCAAAAUGCAAAGUGCUAAAAUGUGGCUUUAGUUUGGUAUGUACACCAAAUGAUAUCGAUGAUAUCUCUCGGGAGAAGAUGGGUGAUAUCUCUCCACAGAAUAUGGGGAAUGCGCUAAACAAAGAAAAUUCAAAUAAAACUUCAAGAAAUGAUUAUGAUUUCUGGUAUCCAUCAAACUGUGGUAUGACUUCGAGAAAUGAUGAACAUUUUCACGAUGAAGAACUUGCAGAAGCAAACAUCUCCAAAACUUGAAAAAAUAAUGGUUAUUUUUGAUAAUAAAACCGAUAGGGGUUCAAACUCCAAGACUAGGUUGUAUCCACUGCAAUAGAUAAGUUUAGUUUCCCUGAAGUUUACUAUAAAUCCAUCUCUAUGUUAACACCUUUGUUGUUGUUCCUGUUUUUUGUUCUGGACUGAACUUGUUCUGGGAUGAUAAUUGAAAACGGAAAAUUAAA